AUGUCUGCAGAGAGAUGCAUGAUUGUAAUAGCUGGCAAUGUAGAAGACUAUGCUUUCAAUCAAGCUCAUGACGUUGAGAAUCAAAAAUGUAAGUGUUUAGAUGGACAAGAAAAACGUCGUAAAAUAAUGAUAAUAGGUGCAGGAAGGUCGAUGUGCCCAGACUUGGUCUCUGAAUUGAUAUUAACAAAAGAGCUUUGGUUAACUCAUGGACUCGUAGUUAAUUUAUAUGAUGAGCCAGGAUGUUUUUUUAAAUUGAAAAGAAUUCUUACAGAUUCAAAGGGAAUUGGUGUAGGUUUAAAUGCAGUAAAAGUUUUGAAUAAUAUACCCGAUGGUUUAAAUGACUGUGACAUAUUAAUUUAUCUUGAUGCUUUAUCAAGAGAAGAAUUCGAAAGUACAGAUAGUUGGUUAAAACGAAAUUAUAAAUGCAUAAAAAAAUUAUCUAUGCAAAUAAAUCAACAUGCGCCAUUACAUAUGAAAGUAAUUUUCUGCUCAAUGGGUCCAAUAUGUUUUUAUGUUAAUAUUAUGCACAUGCUUACAAAAUUACCAAACACAAGUAUCGUAGCUGUCAGUUCUCAUUAUGGCUUAGAACUUGUAUAUCCAUUUGUUAAUUUCUUGGGUUUUACUUUACGAAACUUUGGUUGUCCACCUGUUUGGGGAUAUUUGGGAGUCAAUCAUUUUGUUGAUAUUCAUCAUAUGAUUAAAAAAUGUGAUAUUUAUCAACCCAAUAGAAGAGCUAUAGAAUCAAACGAAACUGUAACAUUACCAAUUGGGGUUCAGCGUUCGGAACUAAGAUGGUUUUUCUAUUUAUCGCACGACAAAACAGAUCCUUAUCAAAAUUAUUCCGAACGUAAAUCGCUUACUCAAUAUCAAGUUGGUAGAUCAGAAGAUUUUCAAAAAUGUAGAGCGAUCUGUGAUCUUUUGAAAUUGUGGUAUAGCAAAGAAGAACGAAUUGGAGAUGAAAUUAUAUCGCUAGGAGUCAUUUCUGAUGGUUCUUUUGGUAUUCCACAAGGAUUAGCAUUUUCGCAACCAGUCUAUUUGAAAGUAUCAGAAGAUCAGUCGCGAGUAUGGGUCCCUUUCACGGAUUUUCCGAUGCCAUACAUGCCAAUCGAAAUAUUUCAAAAUUUUAUAGACACUGCUACUAUAGUGAAGGAAAAAAUAACAAAAUUAAAGAACGAAGAGUAA